CCAGCUGGCACUUGAGGGCGGGGCGAAGCGCUGGCUGGGAGGAGGACCUGCGAAUGCGAGCGUGCGCACAACGGCGUUCAGCGGGUCUACGUACGGUGGCUGGGCUGGCUCGAGCGAUCGGUGGAAAAGAUGCAGGACCCCAAUGCAGACACUGAAUGGAAUGACAUCUUACGAAAAAAGGGCAUCCUGCCCUCAAAGGAAAGCCUAAAAGAAUUGGAAAAGAAGACAGAAGAGGAUGAGCAGAGUGUCCUCCAGCAGUCAGUAGUGAAAACAUAUGAAGAUAUGACUUUGGAAGAGCUAGAGGAUAAUGAAGAUGAAUUCAGUGAGGAGGAUGAACGGGCUAUUGAAAUGUACAGGCAGCAAAGACUGGCCGAGUGGAAGGCAACUCAACUGAAGAAUAAAUUUGGAGAAGUUUUGGAGAUCUCGGGAAAGGAUUAUGUUCAGGAAGUUACCAAAGCCGGUGAGGGCUUAUGGGUGGUCUUGCACCUUUACAAGCAAGGGAUUCCCCUCUGUGCCCUGAUAAAUCAGCACCUCAGCGGACUUGCCAGGAAGUUUCCUGAUGUCAAAUUUGUCAAGGCCAUUUCAACAACCUGCAUACCCAACUACCCAGAUAGGAAUCUGCCCACAGUAUUCGUCUACCUUGAAGGUGACAUCAAGGCCCAGUUCAUCGGUCCUCUGGUGUUUGGUGGCAUGAACCUGACGAGAGAUGAGUUGGAGUGGAAACUGUCCAAGUCUGGAGCAGUCAAGACCGACCUGGAGGAGAACCCCAGGAAGCCCCUGGAGGACGCGCUGCUGACCUCGGUGCGGGGCUCCAUGCCCAUGAGGAGGGGGGACAGUGAUUCUGAGGGCGACUGAGGCUGCUGCAGGCACUGGGACUUUUCAGACUUUCUUGAUGUGACACGAUGUCUGGAUUUUUUAAAAAAGGAAAAAGCAAGAAAAAAAUCCUUUUAGUUUUUAGCAUUUUUCAAAUUAAUGCUUCAGAAAUCUCAUGUAUUUCAGAAAUAAUCAUUGCUCGGAAUUGUAUUAAAUUUCUUGAAACUCUGUUUUUAGAUAACAUUUCUUUAAAAGAAAAUUUAAAUCAUUUAUUGGUAUGCCAGAUGUCUGUAUUUUCCCACUUAUAUUCUAAGUAAGGCAUGAAACUCUUCACUGUUUUUUUUGAAAUAUAACUACUAUAUGUGGAGUUUUAAACAAUUGAAUUUGGGAAAAUUGUGAACUAAGCUUUAUAAUUACAUUUUUUUGUCUUAUAAAGUUAGCCACAGAAUUAUCAACUCAAAAAUAUUAUAAGAAUUCUCUAUAGAGAGAAGAUGUUAGUAUUUAUCCUGUUUGGAAGAAAUGGACAGUUUUUGUGGGGGGAAAAAAAUCCCUAUUGCAUCAAGGCCAUAACUGCCAGAUUUUAAUUUAUUGCCAUUAUUUUUUUUAGUGCUUUGUUUUUUGUUUGGGUUUUGUUUUUUUGGUUAAAUGUUGAGAUAUCAGUUCAUUUUGACUUCUGUACAUGGCCCCAUUUAUUCUUUUUUGUAAGUAAAAUAUAAACACACACAUAAACUGUCUCAAUAAGUAAAAAACAUGAAGAUGUACUGUGAACCAGGAUCCUGCUAGCCUUUAUCACUUCUUGUCAAAUAGACAUUGCUAACAGAAAACCUGGGGGAAAUAGUCCCCAGUAUUUGUAUUUGUGACUAGCACUUAAUGCUGAUUUGAAUCUUGCAAGAAUCAGCAAAAAGUACUCUCAGAUGACACUAAAAUAUUUUCGCUCUAAUUCACCGAAUUACAAGCAGCUAUGACCCAUUUAUCGGUCAGAAGUUUGCCUUAUUUAUUUUUCUGUCAUUUCAGCCAGCACUACUAAAACAUAUUUUCUGUAAUGGUUUUAGCUUGAAGAAUGUUCAUGAAAUCUUGAAGCUUUGAACCAGGGAGUUCUGUCCCUGGUUCCAGCAGUUGGCAGGAAAGCUGCCUCUUUAGAUCUUCUGUUGGGCACUGACAGCAUAGUGAAAUGUGGAGGAAGAACGAGGGUGAGAAGUUUCCUGGGCACCUGAAGCACACUUAGAAGGCAGAUGCCGUGCUUGAAUGUGGGCAGCAUCCACAGUGCUGAAGAACAGCAGGUGCUCAUUCUGGAUGUCCACCAUGCCACUUUGAUGUAAUUGAAAACUGACCUGUGACUAUGACCCCAUGCAGAGAGGUCCCUUACCUUGUGUGCAAUAUGAGUUCAGGUUCUCCUGGCCUUGCCAGUGAGCUCUACCUGCCUGCACAGCAUCCAGGAUCCAGGCACCUGUUUAGUCCCCCUGGCUGAACUAGAGUUAGAGUAUAGUAUCUCCAUCCUAAAAUUGGGGUUGUGAUUUGGAACUUCACCUGCUAGUGUCUACAGGUUAGCUAAUUCUGGGAGACAUCCCCACAGUAUUUACCACAGUAUUUUACUUUCUGUUUCCUUCAGAGCCCUGUAUAUCUGACAGAGGUGAUGAAACCUGGUUUUUAUGCACUGAGUGUGUCUAAUUCCACAGCAGAAACAAUAUUAGUCAUUUCCCCAUCACUGGGACUAAAUACCAUACUUAAAAUUUAAAGAUGGAGAAGUUUGAUUUGGCUCAUGGUUCAGGGGCGUUAGUCCAUGGUUAGUUGGUUCCAAGGCAAAGACAUGGCAGAAGGGCAUGGCAGAGGCUACUCAUGGCAGCCAGGAGGCAGAGACUGAAGGGAGGAGUCAAGGACAGAAUACACCUUUUCAGGUCACACCCCCUGUGAGCCACCUCCAACCAGGUCCCACUUCCUAAUGACAUUCAGCCAUGAAUGCCCCCAUUCUAAGUCGUAGGAGACUUUUGGCUGACAUUUUAGAUCUAAACCCGUAUAUGUAAUGAUCAAAGAAACAGAUACGAAGGCUACCUGUAAGCUGCCUUGGUGCCUGGAGGGAAAGGGUGUGGAUAAGGGUGUUAGGCAAGUGCCAGGGUAGCCCUUUCUUAAGUGAUUGGUGAGAGAUGGUAACAGAAAAUUGGGAUGUAUGAUGUAGGAGGAGUGGAUGGCUAAGUCUGUAUCAAGCACCACUGAUCCUGAGGACCUCGCUAGUGGAGGAGAUAAGGGCUACAGACAGUUGUACCUCACUGCCAGACUCCACGCUCAAGCCUACGUUGCAGAUCAACAGAGCCACUUCAUGUAGCCCAAGGGACUUUUGGGAAAACUGCAUGGGAAACAAGGGAAGGGCUAUUAAAGGCUGUCCUGU